UUUUCUGUGUGAACGCUUUUGUCAAAAUGUAUAUUUUUUAUUAUUAAAUUCGUUAAUUUUCUGUACUUUACUUUGUUUGUAACAUGUAACUCCAUAUGGAUUAGGAAAGCGCCAUUCACAAAGGUAAUAGGGUUGAAGUUCUCACUGUUUACAUCAGUGGUCUACCUUACUUCGCACAUGCGCAGUGUGACCAAGAUGACGUAUAUCGUUUACACCGGAAGUGCUCAUUUGAAAAAAGGAAAAAAAUAAAAAACAAACCGGGCUGCUGAAUUUAUUAGAACCGGUUUUUUUUUUUUUUACUCAAAACAAUAUUCUGUCAAUUAGACAACCGUAUAAACGGGCUUUUAAAAUUAUAAAGCAGCUCUAAAACAGCUGCUGAAAGCAGAGAGAUGGAGGUUAAUCCGAACGAUUCGGAGACAGAAUCGUGUCAAAACAGUCUGCUCUGUUGUCAACCCGGGAAUUCAACCAGACAAAAUGCUGACAGAAAGGACUCGCCAAGUGUUCAGGCUGCUGAGGAUUUGCCCUUCGCAGAUGUUGUUGUCGCAUCUCCUGCAGAAAAAGCUGGUCUGCUGUCACUGCCGCUGGAAGCUCUGAGCCACAUAGCCUCCUACCUCCCUGCACACACUGUUAUCCACGAGUUACCAAAGGUGAGCCCUUUGUUGAAAGUUUUGCUUGACGACACAACUGCCUGGCAGCUUCGUGCUCAGAGGCUUUGCGCACAUCAAACCUGCAUUCCAGUUCUGCUAAAGAAAAAGAUGGACUGGCCCUCAUUUUGCUUGGAAAUGGAACGGCUAGUUGACACUUGGGCAGAAAAACCUCAGAACAGUGUCAGUGUGACGCAGUCUGUCCCCCGGGAGGAGCAAGGAGCAAGACUGAGAGAGAAUCCAGAGGGAGCGGAGAACGGUGCGCGUUUACCUGAAGAGGAUCUCGAGGCCAACGUGAGACGAUGUCAUCUAGAGGACUUGGAAGUCCCCAACAAUGCUCUUUUGGGAGAAAAUGAACAAACGCCCCAUCAAGUUUCCAAGGUCUCUACUGAAACUCCAGCACUGGAGCAUUUCAUGCUACCCUCAGGCCACAUCGCACAGGUUAACUCGAUCCUAUUCCUCGGUGGUGAAGGGGCGAUAUGUGCCACGGCUUCCAGAGACUGGAGUGUCAAACUGUGGGAUCUGAACAGUGGCCCUAAUGGAGCUCUGUUGUGCUCGUUAGCAAGUACGGGGGAAACGAACAGCCAUCGCGGCUGGGUCAGCUGUCUAGCAUCCACAGGAUCCCUAUUAGCCUCGGGGAGUUAUGACCUCUCGAUUAAAAUAUGGGACAUACAGGCGGGUGGUACACACACCUGCCUGAUUAGAAACUCAGCUCCUAUCUUCUCCUUGUUCUCUCAAAGCAACGUGCUGCUUGCAGGUACCUUCGACAAGAAGAUCAACAUGUAUGACCUUCGAGAUGCUGCCCCGCUGAUUAAAACCGUCAGGCAUCAUAAAAACGCUGUAACGUGCAUUGUCGCUGACGACAAUCACAUCAUCUCUGGGAGUACAGACAGAACUGUUGUUAUCUAUGAUCGCAGGGCAGAAAAAAUCCUGAAGAGAAUUGUGCUGAAGCAUUAUCCGAUGCGCAUGAGCUACGACGACUGUGUGGUCUGGGCGGGAGACUGCAAAGGCUUUCUGCACGCCUUUUACAUGAACGUGGAGGAAUGGGAGAAUCAAACACAGUUUAAUGUGGGGCACAAGUCUGUCAUCACUGGAAUCCACUGUUCCCAAUCGAGCCUUUACACCUGCUCGUCUGACUGUACCUUCAAGGUACACAUUCCUUCUGCUUCCCCUGUAACGUUGUGUACUUGGAAGUAUACAUCUCCGGUCAGUGCAGUGUGCGCAGAAGCAGGAGUGGUUGCAGUUGCGACUGGAGAAGUUAGUGUGAAAAUCUGGAGACCCAGAAAGUGAGACUGCACAUUAAAGUUGGAGUUGGCUGGUUGGACGCUCUUCUGACUCUGCAUUGGCAUUCAUGAGUGUUUUGUUUUUAAUUUAUUAUUUGUCUUAAAUUAAAUAAAACGUCUUGUUUUGAAAAAAACAAAACAACUGACCAAUUGAACUACGGCCACCUUCAAAAAGAAGAUCCUUUCUUUACUCUUUGGACUUUAUUUUUCAAAGAUUUUUUUUAUUUUCCCUGGUGUCCGUGGCAGACAUAAAAUCCUGUCCACCUUUGUCAUAAGACGGAUCACAAAUCAGUCCAGGGUUGGGGUCAUCUGGACCCCACAAGAUAACACAAGGGUUCAUUAAAAAGACUGUUUUUGGCACAAAAGUCAGUGUAGCGUCUUUACAGAAGUGUGUAAACUUAUUUUAGUUGAAAAAAUCUUUCUAUAAUUUCAGAUACGUAUUUUGUUUGGUGAGUAAAAAACAAUCUUUUAAUAAUAAAAAUGUAAUUUAUGUGUAAAUAUGUUUUUUUCCAAUCUUGAACUGAAAUCCUCUCAAUGGCACUUUAACGUUCCACGUGUCUUGAUGUAAAUGACUUAAUUUAUAACAGAUUUCUACUAUUUCAUUAUUGUAAGAGCACAGUUUAAACAUUUCUAAAAAAAGCAAAAAACAAAA